GAAUGAUUGCGGGAGAGAGGGACUAUUUAAUAACUCAAGUGUUGAUAGACAUAUAUAUCCAGAUCUCUCUCUCUCUCUCUCUAUCCUCCGUACUCUUCUCAAGUGAAAAUGAUCCCAAUUCAAGUUGCUCGUCAUUUCUCUGAGAAAGUCUGCCAAUAUGCAUUCCCAAUCUUUCUCUAAACUAAUUCACUUACUACUCAGAUCGAGAGUCAAAGAUCCGCUGGUCUUCCCUGGUCUUCCCUUUAACACAUACUCUCUUGCAAUUCUAAUCUCUCUCUCUCUCUCUCUCUCUCUCAUUCUCCUUCAACCUAUCAAGACUCAUAGUAAACACUGCUUUGAACUCACAUAAAUAACUACACCACUUGUUGAUCAAAGACAAUACACAUCCCUCAUGGCGAUCACCUGGAACUCGGACGCUGAGGCUAAGCUUCUACUCGGAAUCUUAGAACAGAUCAAGGGCACUAGAAUUGACUACAAGGCUCUGGCGGAAUACAUGGGACAAGGAUGCUCGUCCGCUGCAAUUGCGCAGCACAUCUGCAAACUUCGUCGCGAAUCGAGUGCUCGAUCAUCUGCCAAUCCUCCAAGAACUAGGAAAGGCACCUUGUUGCCCAAUCCUACCAGUCCCCCAAAGAAAUCGAGACGAGCCCAGUCCCCUAUAACACCAAUCAAGAAGGUCAAGAACGUUCAUUAUGUUCCGGAGGACGAGCACGAAGACGAGGACAAGAAAGAGAAGAAGUUGAUCAUCAAGGGUGAAGAGGAUGAGAAGAAAUCGGUGUUUCCCAUGGUUGACCUGGAAGAUUGA